AACAGCUAGGCGGAGCUAUAUAAACAGCUUUGUUCUUGCUCAUGACAUCAGUGUUUGCAGAACACUAGCUGCUGCACUGGAGAAAGGAGCACUUAACUGCGUCUCUCUGUUCUUUGUUAGCUUCAGCGGAGUAAUUCGUCGAAAAUUUGGGUUAUAUCAUCAAGUACUGGCAGGACAUCGUCUGCAGGUUAUCAUUUUGGUGUGAAGAACUGAAGCAUAUUUGAUCCUGUAGAGCAGCAGUCUGAGGUUUGGAGUCAUGCAGAAGAUACAGAGUGAAGGGGUUUGGGCUGAUGGAGCUCCACAGCGGCUGUCCUGGAGCGGCCUGGUGCAGAACCUCAGCAGCAGUAACAGCAUAGACUCUGACUCCGAACACAGUGGUACAGACGAUGGCUCAGAUACUGGUUCUGUAUCUCUUCCCGACUUGUCCGCUCUGGACGCUGACAUGUUCUAUGACCCAACAGAGGAGAGCCUGUGUAAAGAAGUUGUCCAACAGAUUGCUCUUAGCCUGAUUGAAGCGAAAGGUUGCACGUUGCACUGCUCCAAACUUCUCAUCCCCAACAAGCUGCUGGAGCACAUAGGGAGCGAGCUGGUGCAGCUGGCCGCGAGCGAGCCGUGCGGCCUCCGGGGGGCGCUCAUCGAUCUGUGUGUGCAGCAGGGAGAGACCUUUGACAGCGUAGGCCAGAUUGCUGCUGACCCCUGCCUGGUACCCACCUUUCAGCUCACACUCGUCCUCAGGCCCGAGUCAGGAGGCAUCUGGCCGAAGAUCCAGGGCUUGUUUACUGCCAAAUCCUCAUCAAUGCCUCUGAGAGGUGCCCUGAAACUCAGCACUGGCUUCAGAGUGAUCAAAAGGAAACUCUACAGCUCCGAAGAGCUGCUUAUUGAAGAGUGUUGAGCCCCAAGGACCAAAUCUGGACAUUUCUGAGGCAUUCUGGCUCUAUUAGGUCACCGUUUUAGUGAUCUGAGAGCUGUUCUCAACCAAGGACUUCAUUGACAAUACUGUGUCGAUUGACUUGACUUUCUAUUGAAGAUAUUACCAGAUAUUGCAGGUCUCACUUUUGUCACCAGGGUGUUUAUACAAAAAGAGCAUAGGGUACACAAAUGUAAAAGCAUUCUCGUAUACACUGAUUGCUGUAUGUUCGUUAUAGAUACUGCAUUCAUAUAUUGCACUUCUUCAGGCAGUUUUCGAACCUGUCUGGUGCCGUUUUGUCGACUGCUUUGAAAUGUUUACCUCACUUUUUAUUUUCUGAAAAUAACUGUGGCAGCUAUUUCAUCAACCUGAUUUACCUGUGUCAUGAAACUCUUUUUUUUUUUUUUUUUUUUUUUUUUUUUUUUUUUUUAAAUCCAGCGAGCACCAUUUCAUGAUCUAAGUUUGAUCUUUUAGUUAAAAUGGACUCUUGGCAUCUUAAUUGUUUUUAAAUACAUUUGUCAUGCAUAUUCACUUGUGCAUCAUUAUUUAUUUGAUAUUCAAAUACUGUUACGUUUUAUACGUGCAUUAUGGAAACACAGAAAAUAAAUUAUUUUUGAAGAAA